CGUCGUCCGCCCCGCCCCGUCAACUGGUCAACAGUCCGGUCUACCCCGUCCCCCUCCAGCAGACACAACCCACCACGAAAGCCAAACGGCGACCGACGACGUUCUUAUUAGAUUUUAUAGCGGCGCUCCGACUUUGCGACUUAGAACGGGGCAGAGAGCAAAGAGCGGGAGAGCGACACUCUCGGCCGCGCCUUUUGCCCGUUUCGUUUUCGUUCGUUCGUUUUUUCGUUGUUCUCGCGCGGCGUUAGAACAGCGCUGCCGCAGCCGCUGUCUCAGUCGCAGCUGGCGCCGCUGCCGCCAACUGACUUAUUGGCUUUAAGCGAAUUCGAACGUUGCUCGAACUUUUAUUUCAACGUCAGGUUUCGUCGGGAAAGCAACUCUGAAACUGCCGCCCGAAAAGCGCUGCCCGAAAGCAGAUUCCAAAACUUGAAAAAGAGAGAGAGAGUGGCAACUCCCCCCAGAAAACGCCGUGGCAGCCCUCUCCCGCGCGCGUUACCCCCAAACCCCUUCUUACAAAACAAAAAAAAACAAGAAAAAACUGAAGAUCAAAAUCGGGAAUACACCUUACUAAAAGAGAGAUAUAUAUUUACACACAAGCACACAACAGAUGAUCGAUCGUACAAUUAUUUUUUUAAAGUGUUGAAUCCACAAAGUGUUAUAACAACAACAAAUAACAACAACAACUACCACAAAAUGCCUUACAACAGCGUCACGCUUUAGUGUCAUAAGAGUAUCAGUGCCACAAGUGAGAACCAAACCCCUACUCCCUUAUCUUUUCCCGAGCCACCCCCCUUCCAAAAAGUUACCACACAACGGUGUGCCGCGUGCCCCCAAAAGAGAACCGACCGCAAACAGGUGUUUUCCCCCGCAUACGCUGGAGUAUACACAGUGUUGGUAAACGGCCAGCAGUGUUGGCGGUGGCAACAUUAACAGCAGCAGCAGCCAUCAUACAUCACACCAUCAAGGGAAUCCUGCAGAACAGCUUUGAAGCUCAGACAUUUGACGCUCGAAGAUUUGUACAUUUAAUGAUUCGCUGUCAAACCGCCGGCUGUUCGACAUUCAACGCAUUCGUACGGGCCCCAUGCUCUGAGCAACAACACGACAGAGUCAGAGCCCGAGCCAGAGCCCCCCCGCUAGAGAUCGGAUGGAACCGCAGGAACCAGAAAUCCAGAAAUGAUGAUGAUGACGUUGAUGAUGGAAGCACAGAUCUCCGCUAGAGACAGAGCCAGGAACAAUCCUAACUACAAGUGAAACAACCCAAAACAUAAGCCUCACCGCCCCCCCAAAAAAACAUUAAAUUUAAAUUAUAUAUUUGUGAUAAUUUCCCACAAACAAAAAAGAAAGCAGAGGGAACCCCACAAAAAAGAGACCAGCACAGAGGCGAACAGAGAGUGGGGUAGAGACAGUGGACACCCGCGAGUGUCGGACCAAAGUACUAUAUAAACAUAUAUGAUAAACGGUAUAUAGUAGGCACAUUUGAUAUAUGAAUAUUCUACAACGGAGAAGAACAACAACAACAACAAUAUAUAUAAAAGAGAGAUUUGUUUAAACAAAUAAGCAGUCCAACAAAUGCAACGCGUAGGCCUUCAACUGUGAUUUAAGCAUACAACAAAACAAAACAAAACAAAACAUAAAAGGAAGGAAAGAAAAUUAGAUUUAACGAUAUUUACCGAUAUAUAUCGAUACACAGAAGAAAAAGAAAAGGAGAGAUAUAUCGAAAGUGUGUUUUUGUGUUUUUAAUUUUGUGCAAUUUUUAAUUUAUAAUUUGUGUUUUCGCUUUAAUCGAUAACCGUUCAACGAUAACCGAUAAACGAUAUAAUACAACAACCCUUAAUCGAUAGCUGACCGAUAAACCCCCACAUAAAUACCUAAAAUCGAUUAAAUCAUGUUCAACUCAAACAUAACCGCCGCCUCGCUGCUCAGCAUCGAGAACAGCGGCCUUAAUCUGGGCGCCCACACACCCAAAACACCCGAGAUCCUCAACUCCCUGAUCGCCAUGACCAAUCCAUUGGAUAACUAUAGCUUCGCCGCUGCGGCAGCUGUCUCGGCGGCCGUCUCAGCAUCAUCGGCCGCCUCCACGCCCGUCGUCAGUGUCAGGAAUUUCAAUGGACAUCCAACCAAUGGGCAGUUGCAUUCGCAGGACAGCAGUCAUUCCAGUUGCUCCGCAUCGCCGCUUGAUUCGCCAGCGGGUGGCACUGCCACCAUGCCCAGCGUGCAACAGACAAAAUCGCAGCUGAUCAAAACCGGCCUGAAGCUGGCCAUCCAGAGCAAGCGCAAGCUCUCGACCUGCGACUCCAGCAGCGGGUCGGAGCAGCCACAAUCGAAGUGCUCCCGCAGGAGCAGCAGCAUGAACAACAACAGCAGCAGCAUCAACAACAACUGCAACAACACGAGCCACAGCUUCAGCAUGAACGACGACGACGAGGAGUCCAGCGAGGAUGAGGACAGCGAGACCAAGUCCACGCCCAAGGGCCUCACGCCCGAGGACGAGGAUCGGCGAAGGAGGCGCCGGGAGCGCAACAAGAUUGCGGCGACCAAGUGCCGCAUGAAGAAGCGCGAACGCACCCAGAACCUCAUCAAGGAGUCGGAGGUGCUGGACACCCAGAAUGUGGAGCUGAAGCAGCAGGUGCGCAGCCUCGAAACGGAGCGACGCAAGCUGCUGGAGAUGCUCCAGAAUCAUGCGAAUGCCAUGUCCCCUGGCUGCCUGAGAACCGGCGGGUGUCAGCUGCCUGCCGUUCUGCUGCAGUCGCCUGCCCAGAAAUAUCUCUCGGAAUUGGAGCUGGAGGGCCAGUCGUCAUCGGAGGUCAACAUCUCGGGUUCCCUCUCGGGCUCUGGCUCUGGCUCGGGUUCCAUCUCUGGCUCUGGCUCGGUGUCGAGCAGCAGCUCUUCGUCCCAAAGGAUGAGCAUACCAUCGAUGGCCACCUUCAAGUUUGGCUCCAAGACAGCGGCCAUGGCAGCAGCAGCAGCGGCGGCAGCGCAGGUCCAGCAGCAACAGCAGCAGCUACCCAAUGGCUACUGCAAGCCAUCGCCCAGCCCACAGGAGUUUGAGCAUGCCGGAUACCUGAGUUCUCCCAACCAGCAGCAGCAGCAACAACAGCAACAGCAACAACAGCAACAACAGCAGCAGCAGCAGCAUCAGCAAUCCAUGAAUCCCGCCAGCAGCAACAACAACAGCAACGAACAGCAGCAACAGCAGCAGCAGCAAAGCAAUGGCAGCAGCCUCGUUGUGAGCAAUCAGCAGGUCUCCGAUUAUGUCCCAAAUUGCGAUGGCCUCAGCAUGGCAUUGGGUCUGGCAUCGCUGCCAUUGCCACUGCCACUGCCACUGCCCCUCCUGCCAGCGAGUACACCCACCAGCAGCAGCUCCUCGAGCAGCAGCAGCAAUCAGACCGGCUCGGCCGCCUCCACGCCCACCAGCAUCGCCAUUGAGUUCGUGAAGAAUGAACUCGUGGAUGCCCAGAGCCCCUAUACCACGGCCCUCAGUGCGGAGCGUUUUCUGUUCGAGCCGAGCGAUGGUUUUCCGGACAUCAAGCAUGCCGUGAGUGUCCUGCCCACCAGCGGCAUCAAUAGCCUCAAUAUGGCCAGUGUUGUCCAUGCAAACAGUGGCGGCGGAGCGACAGGACACCACCACAGCCACCAGCACCACAGCCACAGCCACAACCACCAUAACAACAACAACAACAACAAUAACCACCUGAUGGACUUCCAUCAUGGCCUACAAAGCAAUGGCCUGGGCGUCGGUGUGGGCGUGGGUGUCGGCGUGGGCGUUGGCGUGAUGACACCCUCCUGCUACGAUGACGAGCAGCUGCUGCUGAUGAAGAACGGAUGCUUCGCCAACGAUCUGCUGUCCCAGCUGGCGGACGAUGGCACGGACUAUGUGGAUCUGGACACCGGCGCCGCUGCUUUCAUGACCAAUGGUGGCUGCCUGGCGUGAGGGCGGGCCCAGCGGGCAUCGGCACCGGCAAACGCACACGAGCGCGAUCGUGAUCGUGAUCGCGAUCGCGAUCUCCUGCUGCUGGCCUUCGAGCAGGAUGGAGGCCAGGAGGAGGAGCAGCAGCAGUCGUCGUCGUCGUCGCACAGGCCGAGCAACAGUCCGCAGCAGCAGCAUCAGCAGGAUGUAGAGAUGGAGCUGGAAAUGGAGCUGCAACUGGAGGAGGAGGAGGAUCCCGCCUGGACACAUGUGGAUUAUUGGUGCUAGGUGUUUGCUGGAUCCUCGCACCUUGAUGUACAUUUUGUAGAUGCUACUCAUCGACUAAGCAGAAGAACAGAUUUAAAACAAGAAGAUCAGAAGCCGCAGUCCCCAAGGGCGCACUGAAAUCCAAACAAAAUCCCUUUAAAUGUCCCUAAAACUCUGUUUGAAUUUCCCACAAAACAUACCCAAAUUUUCUCCUGCAAAUUAUUCCCCCAACAACAAUCCCUUGAUGCCUGUUUUCCCGCCGUUAACCGAUCCGAGUUCUUCCAAGCAAACAAACAAGAAGAGCAGAGUACCCCCGAUGACCCAUGCCCCCAAGCCUCGAAUACCCCCGACACCCUGGUCCCCUCCCAUUGUGUAAGUCCGCCUGGAGCGGCGUCCAGCCUGUGGCUUGACUACCUCAUGAAGCAAAGAAAGCAGAAAACAAUUUAAUUAACAAUUAAAACCUAUCAUUAAACAAUCAGUUUUAGAGUGGAGAGGAGUAUAGGAGUAGCAGUUAGAGAGGAGCGAAAAAUACUUGCAUAAUUGUACAUAACCCAACUUUUUUGAUACGAUUCAAAUCGAUAACAUUCCAUUGCAAGCAAAUGCAGAGAGAGCGAAGAGAGAGAGAGAGCGAGAGAGGGAGAGUAUAGAGAGCAGUGAUCAACUGCUAGCAGUCACACACACACAUCCGCAUCAGUAAUUAUUAAUUUUAAUUUUUGUUCAAUGCCCUCCUCCAUUCUCUAAGCGUUUGUCCCAUGAUUUUCUUGGUCCUUUGCUCCUUAAACGAAAUGCCUUACAAGUUAUAAAACAUUUACAUAUAUUGGUAUAUUCACAUGAUGAGAGAGAUUAACGAGUGGAACGAGAAGAAUGUUUUUUCGCGUGAUGAUGUUUGAUAUUUUUUUGUCUAAAAAAACUCUAGCCUUAGUCAGUGAUAAAAAAAAACAACCCCUAUAUAUACAGCCGAUAUAUUCAUACGAUAUAUACAUUUUUGUUUUUUUUUUUUGUGUCCAUAUUUUGUAAGCUAACCUUAAUGAUAAAUCAACAAAAACAAGAAAACCACAAAAACAAAAUGUUGCCUUAAUCAAAAAAAAAACAAACAAAAAAAAUUGAAAUAAAAAAAAACAAAACUUUCUAUUUGACAAAAAAACUAAAUUACUAAUCCAACACUUUGUUAAUUCUUUUGCAACAAAAACAACUAAUCUACAAACAAAAAUAAUUAUUAAAAAUAAUAUAUACAUACAAUGAGAGGACGAGAGGAGGAGAAAGAGAGAGAGAUAGAGGAAGAGGUAUACUCGUAAUCGAUAGAAAGAUCGACGACUUCGAUGACCAUUAAGUGCUGCUAAAUACUGCAAAAAUCCUUCAAAACUUGCGCCUUAUUACAGUUUAAAGAAAGAAAGGAAAAAAAACGAAUGUGAAACUUUUUUGUAAAUUAUAUAUUAUUAUAUAUAGCAUAUGUAGGAUAUAUGUACAUACGUGCAUAGGAGACCAUAUGAUGCCUAUACCAUUUAUAUAUGCAUGCAUAUAUCUAUAUUUGUGUGUGUCUAUUGCCUGAUCAACAAAAAAGAAACGUUAAACUUAUAUACAGAUUUAAUACGUAUAUAAAAAGGUUCUACAUGUGUAUAAAAACAAAAACAAAAAAAACAGCUGUGAACACCAAAAAGUGGCCUAAAGGAGCAAAAUCAUACACCCACACAGAAAGAAAUGAAAUGAGAAAUAUAAAAAUUUGCUUUGUUUGUAAUUUGUAAUUGUAAUUGCCUCGAUUUGUACUAAAGAUAUAACCGAUAAACAAAAAAAUGAUACAACUAUAUCUAAUAUUUAUAUAUUACUAUGUACGAAAAAAAAACAAAAUACCAAUAUCUAUGUCUACAUCCCCAUAUGUAAAUGUUGAACAGAGCUCUGCACACGCCUUUCUCUAGUUGUACCUAUACCAUAAAUGUUAUACAUACAUACAUACAUAUAUCACCAUUGAACCUUGAACCUUUGUACACCCACAGCACCCCUGUGCCCAGCCUAUUUGCCUCGAAUAGGUUUGAUUGUUAGAGCAUCAAAAGUAAUCA